AUGGAAGACUAAGUAGGAAAUAAACAUGGAGCACUAAAUAGUAAAUAAACUUAAAAUUAGUGUACAACAUUACUAGAAGUAUCAUCUAAACUCAUCGAAUUAUUGCUUUGCAAUUGCAACCUCAUCUCAGAUUGAAGGAUCCAAAUCCAAUGGAAGGAAUUCGAAUCCGGUUGUUCAUCGUGCUUCUUUACUUUCUCUCCAUAACCGUACCUUCCAUCUACGCCACAGAUUUCAACUACUGCAAUAAGAAGAAAGAAUAUGCCGUUAAGGUAAGUGGAGUUGUGAUCAGUCCUGACCCGAUAACAAAAGGCAAAGUCACCUCCUUUACUAUUUCUGCAUUCACAGAUAAAGCAUUAUCUAGUGGGAAAGUUGUAAUCGAUGUUGCUUACUUUGGAUUUCAUGUCUAUGGUCAGACCGGUGACCUUUGCGCCGAAACAUCUUGCCCAAUUCUUGCUGGCGACUUCACCAUUUCUUAUUCCCAACUCUUGCCUACAUAUGCUCCCCCUGGUUCGUACACACUUACGUUGAAGAUACAAGAUGGUGAUAAAAAUGAGCUCACAUGCAUCAAAUUUGAUUUCAGCAUUGGUUUCUUCUUUGACUCCAAGAGAGGACUCGCGGAUACUUGAGUUCUUGAAAUUCAAUACGAAUAUCUUCAUGUUCAUUAUCUUCGAUGGUUUUAUAUGACUGAUUAUGGUUAUUAUGUACCGAUUUAAAUGUAUGGAUUGUAUAUAGAACGUGAUGAUUCGCUAUUAAAUCGU